AUGCGUGCAAAUCUCCUCCAAGUCACGCUUCGGUCGGGCACAAUUGCUGCAAACAGUUUGGCCGGUGCAUGUGAAUCCUUUCGAUCGAAUCACAAUUUACGGCCGAUUGGCUCCUCCACAAUUCCGGCAUAUUUCAGCGCUGUUGAGGGAGCAAAGUUCAUGCCUUCACAUCUCUACCUGACGCGAAUGAGAGAGCAUUCGACAAAUAAUCUUCCUGUCGUCAAGUUAGUUGGUCUGACUGAUGCAUGGGCUGGAGGCCUCAGCUCGUCUGAGGAGAGCGAGAAAGGAAUUCUUCGUGAAUUCCGGCCAGUCAACUAUUUUCGAGGCUAA